UCGCCGAGAACCCGGGGAAGGGACGGGUCCAUAAAGACCAGGUGAAGGAGCAGGGGCGGGGCCAGGAGCGGAAGCAGAGUGAGGAGCAAGCCCCGGGCAAGAAACAGGGGCCCUGCUGGGAGCAAGAGCAGGGGCGGGGCCGGGAACAGGGGCAGGGGAGGGGCCGGGAGAGGGGCGAGACGAGGUACAGUACCCAGGCCCUGGGCAGACCCGAGCGAGGAGAGAGGGGCGAGACGAGGUACAGUACCCAGGCCCUGGGCAGACCCGAGCGAGGAGAGAGGGGCGAGACGAGGUACAGUACCCAGGCCCUGGGCAGACCCGAGCGAGGAGAAAGGGGCGAUACCAAGAGAAGUGCGAGGGUGGGGCAAGAGGUUGGGGCAGAGCCGGAUGGAAGUACACGGGUGCGAUCGCAGGCAGGAGCAGGACGGGGAAACACAAGAGGGGGACUGUCAAAGCGAGAAAUAGAAACCAAGACCAGGUGAAGAGCAGGAGUGAAAUACAGAGUGGGGGCGGAAUAAGGAGCAAGGUGGGGAUAAAGUUAAAGGAAGAGACGUGGAGGCGGGGCGGAACGAGGCGCAGGAGCAGGGGUGUGGCCAGAGACAUUAGUAGGGCUGGGGCCCGGAGCAAUAGCAAAGGUGCGAUCCCCACGAGGGUCAGGGGCAGGGCCAGGAGCAAGAGCAGCGGCGGGACCAGGAGCAAGUGCAGAGGCGGAGCCAGGAACAAGAGCAGAGGCGGGGCUAGAAGUCCGUGCGGGGGCAGGGCCAGGAGCAAGAGCAGGGGCGGGACCAAGAGCAAGUGCAGGGGCGGGGCCAGGAGCAAGAGCCGGGGCGGGGCCAGGAGCAAGAGCCGGGUCGUGGCUGGCAAGGGCUGUGAGAGGCGCAGAAGCGAGGUAGAAUCUUAGAAGUGGGCUCCAGAGAGCUGUCCUGCGCGUGGGUGUUGACGCCUGCGUUCUCCAGGUUCUAGCCACGUUAUGUGCGGCCCAGCCAUGUUCCCUGCCGGUCCUCCGUGGCCCAGAGUCCGAGUCCUGCAGGUGCUGUGGGCCCUGCUGGCAGUGCUCCUGACGUCGUGGAAGCUGUGGGCGAUCAAGGAUUUCCAGGAAUGCACCUGGCAGGUUGUCCUGAACGAGUUUAAGAGGGUAGGCGAGAGUGGUGUGAGCGACAGCUUCUUUGAGCAAGAGCCCGUGGACACAGUGAGCAGCUUGUUUCACAUGCUGGUGGACUCACCCGUCGACCCGAGCCAGAAAUACCUGGGCUUCCCUUACUACCUGAAGAUCAACUACUCCUGCGAGGAAAAGUCCCCAGUCAACUUCUACCGCUGGAAGAUGGAGCAGCUGCAGAUCCAGAUGGAGGCUGCCCCCUUCCGCAGCAAAGAGCCGUGCGUGGCAGAGGAAGUGUGUAGCAUGAGCUGGUACACGCCCAUGCCCAUCAAGAAUGGCAGUGUGGUCAUGCGUGUGGACGUCAGCAGCAAUGGCCUGGGGACCUUCAUUCCAGAUAAAAGGUUCCAGGUGAAUAUCAAUGGCUUCCUGAAGAGAGACCAGGACAAUAACAUCCAAUUCACUGUGGGAGAUGAGCUCUUCGACCUGAUGCCCCGGUACUUUGUGGGUGUCUCAUCAAGGCCCUUGUGGCACACUGUGGACCAGUCACCUGUGCUCAUCCUGGGAGGCAUUCCCAAUGAGAAGUACAUCCUGAUGACCGACACCAGCUUCAAGGACUUCUCUCUCGUGGAGCUAAGCAUUGACAGUUGCUGGGUGGGCUCCUUCUACUGCCCCCAUUCUGGCUUCACGGCCACCAUCUAUGACACUAUUGCCACCGAGAGCACCCUCUUCAUUCGGCAGAACCAGCUGGUCUACUAUUUUACAGGCACCUAUACAACACUCUAUGAGAGAAACCGCGGCAGUGGCAGUUGGGUUCGUGUCCUGGCCAGCGAGUGCAUCAAGAAGCUGUGCCCUGUGUAUUUCCAUAGCAACGGCUCUGAGUACAUAAUGGCCCUCACCACGGGCAAGCAUGAGGGUUAUGUACACUUCGGGACCAUCAGAGAUGGCCAGGUGUCCUUUGAGAUGCUGCCCAGGCAGUGGUCUGUGUGUGAGCAGAUAGGAGUUACCACCUGCUCCAUAAUUUGGUCUGAAUACAUCGUGGGUGAGUAUACCCUACUGCUGCUGGUGGAGAGUGGAUAUGGUAAUGCCAGUAAACGUUUCCAGGUGGUCAGCUACAACACAGCUAGUGAUGACCUGGAACUUCUCUACCACAUCCCAGAAUUCAUCCCUGAAGCUCGAGGAUUGGAAUUCCUGAUGAUCCUAGGGACAGAGUCCUACACUAGCACUGCAAUGGUCCCCAAGGGCAUCUUCUGUAACCCAUACAACAACCUGAUCUUCAUCUGGGGCAACUUCCUCCUGCAGAGCUCUAACAAGGAAAACUUCAUCUACCUGGCAGACUUCCCCAAGGAAUUGUCCAUCAAAUACAUGGCCAGAUCGUUCCGUGGGGCCGUGGCUAUUGUCACGGAGACGGAGGAGAUCUGGUACCUCCUGGAGGGCAGCUACCGGGUGUACCAGCUGUUCCCUUCCAAGGGCUGGCAGGUGCACAUCAGCUUACAGCUGAUGCAACAGUCCUCUCUCUACGCAUCCAAUGAGACCAUGCUGACCCUCUUCUACGAAGACAGCAAACUGUACCAGCUGGUGUACCUUAUGAACAACCAGAAGAGCCAGCUGGUCAAGAGGCUCGUGCCUGUGGAGCAGCUUCUGAUGUAUCAACAGCACACCAGCCACUAUGACUUGGAGCGGAAAGGGGGCUACUUGAUGCUCUCCUUCAUCGACUUCUGCCCCUUCUCGGUGAUGCGUCUGCGGAGCCUGCCCCGUCCGCAGAGAUACACGCGCCAGGAGCGCUACCGGGCGCGGCCGCCGCGCGUCCUGGAGCGCUCGGGCUUCCACAACGAGAACUCGCUCGCCAUCUACCAGGGCCUGGUCUACUACCUGCUGUGGCUGCACUCCGUGUACGACAAGCCGUACGCGGACCCGGUGCACGACCCCACCUGGCGCUGGUGGGAGAACAACAAACAAGACCAGGAUUACUACUUCUUCCUGGCGAGCAACUGGCGAAGCGCGGGCGGCGUGUCCAUAGAAAUGGACAGCUACGAAAAGAUCUACAACCUCGAGUCCGCGUACGAGCUGCCGGAGCGCAUUUUCCUGGACAAGGGCACUGAGUACAGCUUCGCCAUCUUCCUGUCGGCGCAGGGCCACUCGUUCCGGACGCAGGCAGAACUCGGCAGCGCCUUCCAGCUGCGUAGCCAGGUGGACGUGGGCGUGGUGCUGGCCGACCCCGGCUGCAUCGAGGCCUCGGUGAAGCAGGAGGUCCUGAUUAAUCGCAACUCGGUGCUAUUUUCGAUUACUCUCAAGGAUAAAAAGCUUUGCUAUGACCAGGGCAUUAGUGGACAUCACCUUAUGAAGACUUCCAUGACGGUCAAUGUGGUGGGUUCAUCCGGGCUCUGCUUCCAGGAAACGCACCUGGGGCCCCGUAUGCAAGGCAACCUGAUGGUGCCAGUGUUCAUUGGCUGCCCCCCAGGCAAGCGCCUGGCCUUCGACAUCACCUACACGCUGGAAUACAGCCGCCUGAAGAACAAACACUACUUUGACUGCGUUCACGUGAACCCCGAGAUGCCCUGCUUUCUCUUCCGGGACAUUUUCUACCCCUUCUUCUUGAUUCAAGAUUUGGUGACAGGAGACUCCGGCAGUUUCCAGGGCAGCUACGUGCUGCUGGUGGUGGGUGGCGGGCCCACAAUGGACAGCCUCAAGGACUACAGCGAGGAUGAAAUCUACCGCUUCAACAGCCCCCUGGACAAGACCAACAGCCUUAUCUGGACCACGAGGACCACAAGGACCACCAAAGACUCGGCCUUCCACAUCAUGUCCCACGAGAGCCCGGGCAUCGAGUGGCUCUGUCUGGAGAACGCCCCAUGCUAUGACAAUGUUCCCCAAGGCAUCUUCGCCCCUGAAUUCUUCUUCAAGGUGUUGGUGAGCAAUAGAGGAGUGGACACGAGCACCUACUGCAACUACCAGCUCACCUUCCUGCUGCACAUCCACGGGCUACCACUCAGUCCCAAGCGGGCCCUUUUCAUCGUCAUGGUGUCGGCCAGCGUGUGUGUGGGCCUGGUGAUCUUCUACAUCGCCUUCUGCCUCCUGUGGCCCCUUGUGGUGAAGGGCUGCACGAUGAUCCGGUGGAAGAUAAACGACAUCAUUGCCUCAGAAUCCUACUACACCUACGCCUCCAUUUCCAGAAUCUCGAGCAUGCCGUCUCUGAGACAUUCUAGGAUGGGCUCCAUGUUCAGCUCCAGGAUGACAGAGGACAGGGCUGAACCCAAGGAAGCCGUGGAGAGACAGUUGAUGACCUGAGUGUCCCGCCCGCCCCAGCGCCCAGUCACUGUCACGCCUCCCCUACGAGGCCCAUCUUGAAGAUGCAGCCUGUCACCCAGUCCAGGCCUCUCUGUUUUGCUUGAUGUUUACUUCUCGUUCAGACUCAAAUAAAGCCUUUUUUCAGGACCAGCA